GCGACCUGGGGAGGGGGAGACCGCUCCGUCUGGCAGGCGCCACCCGGGCUGGGGUCACCUUUUCAGGUGGCUUAACGGCUCUGGAGUGGACGUGUACCCCCGGCUCUUCGCCGUGUUCGGGACCCAGACCCUCCCCUCCCCAGAGAACCUGGACACAGCUUAUCUUCCUCAUCUAGAACGAGCGUGCGGCGAGGGGAUUGAGGGCAGGAUGGAGGGCGGGGAUGACUUCCUUUUUUAAAGAACGGAAACCUGGCACAGUUUCUAGGGAGGAGUGUGUGUCCCUCCUUGUCCCCUUUGCGCCCUGCGGCAGGCUAGAACCCCCUCAGGCCCCGGUCUGUGGACUCAGGCGUGAGGCCACUUCCAGGAGGGCCUUUUAGACUAGUGAGGGGCCUCUGGAGAACUGGCAGUCGCCUGGGUUCCCAAGACUGCUUUUGAGUGAAGAGCUACUUCCGGGUUCUGCGUUAGAUAAAGUACUUAGGGUCUUCUGCUGUCCAUCUGCUUUGCGGUGCAAGGUGAUCGUUCUUGCCAGGUUAUUAAAUUUAUGUCAUAAUCUUCCACUAAAAGUUAUGCAGAUUCUCCAGUCUUUGCAGCUUAGUUUUCUCCCCCGCCUUUUUAUUUUUUUUUUAAAGAAAUACUGAAAGGAGGUGGAAUGCUUUGGUGUGCUGACAGUGGGGUUUUUUAGUGCCGGGCAUAUGCAUUUCUUCUAAGGUAGGGUCUCACAUGUCGAUGUCGAGGGUAGAUUUUUGGAUUCACGUUUUCCUAAGUGAAUUGGGAUAGUUUGGGCCUUGGAAGAGAGAGAUACGGCAGCAUUUGAAAAUAAUUUGGAUGAGUGUUAUUUGUACUUAAUUUCUUUAUAUUAAAUCCAAAGCUUAGAUUUAUCCCUUGGAAAAAAAUUGAGUAACUGUCAAAAAUGCGUACCCUGUUUGAUCUUCGUGUAGUGAAGUCUGUACAAAGAAAUGAGCCCCCCUUUUUUUGUUGUUUUAUAACCAUAACCCAUAGGUGAACAAUUAAUAGAGUCCAGUUAAUGUAGAUACAAUGGCAAGAUUAUUUUAUUUGUAACGAGUAUGACAAAAUACAGAGUAAAGUAUGUUCAGGUUAUUUACACUGUAAUGUAAUUUCCUCGUAUUCUACCCUGUAGUAGUGGGAGACUUUUCUUCUAAAGACUGGAAAAGAACUAGAUUAAGAAAUGAACUGAAAGAUUUUUAACUUAAGUGGGUCAUUGCAAACCAAUGUUAUUACCAGUUAUUUAUAAUUUUUAGAUGUCAGUAUAUACUGAAAAUGCUGACUUUUCCCAUUUUAGCAGUUGCUUUGUACCAACAAGUAAAGUUAAAUAUAUGUGUUGACUUUAAGAACAGGAGAGGCCUCAGGCAGUGAUUCACACCUGUGGGGUUUUUUGUUCUUAGUUUAAGGCUUACUGUGAAUGUCUAAAGCAGAGCAAAAUGUUGAUCAUUUAAUUUGAAAACAGGUUUAAUUCUAUGCUUGAUUUUAUUUUUCCUGCAUCGAAAGGACAUUGGCCUAGGUUCUGUGGAUAUUGAUUAAUAUCCAUCAUUAAUGUCUGAAACGGAAGGUGUGUGGCACACAUCAGGAUUACAGUUAUUGGGUAUCAGAGUUUACAGUGUCUUCCUUCAUCAGUCAUGUGACCUGACCAGUGAUGUUCUGAUUAAUAAAACUGCAUUCUAAAUGCAAAGCUUGCAAGGCAGAUUUUCUGGAACUGGUACCUCAAAUCAUUUGAAGCAUGAUUUAUAAAGAAAGUCAGAUCUCAAGGGUGUCCUGCAAGAUGUCUUAAAAAGUCUUAACUCAGAGAUGGCAGUGAUUGAAACAUAGUGUGGGAAGGAAGAACAAUAUAUAAAGAAGAAGAAACAGGACUUGGCUCAGCAAGCAAAAGAAACACUGAACAAAGGAGAGGAAACCAACAAAGAUAAAUUUGGAAGCACUGAAUGCAGCAAAACAAGAACAAUGGAUCUCAAGUUCAACAGUUCCAGGAAAUAUAUUUCUAUAACUGUCCCUCCCAAAACACAGACAAUGUCACCACACAUCAAGUCAAUAGAUGACGUUGUAGUGCUUGGCAUAAAUCUCAGCAGAUUUAACAAACUUACUCAGUUUUUCAUAUGUGUUGCUGGAGUUUUUGUAUUUUACCUAAUUUAUGGAUAUUUACAGGAAUUAAUAUUUUCAGUGGAGGGUUUUAAGUCCUUUGGCUGGUACCUAACUUUAGUACAGUUUGCAUUUUACUCCAUAUUUGGCCUAAUAGAACUUCAGCUUAUUCAGGACAAAAGGAGAAGAAUACCAGGAAAAACCUACAUGAUAAUAGCUUUUCUAACUGUGGGUACUAUGGGGUUAUCAAAUACUUCCUUGGGCUACCUGAAUUAUCCCACCCAAGUCAUCUUCAAGUGCUGCAAAUUGAUUCCUGUUAUGCUAGGAGGAGUUUUUAUUCAAGGGAAGCGUUACAACAUUGCAGAUGUGUCUGCUGCCAUAUGUAUGAGCCUUGGCCUGAUAUGGUUCACCCUAGCUGACAGCACGGUUGCACCAAAUUUCAACCUGACUGGUGUGAUCCUUAUUUCCCUGGCACUGUGUGCGGAUGCCGUCAUUGGGAACGUUCAAGAGAAAGCCAUGAAAUUACACAAUGCUUCCAACUCAGAAAUGGUUUUGUAUUCGUAUUCCAUCGGUUUUGUGUACAUUUUACUGGGAUUGACAUGCACUAGCGGAUUAGGCCCUGCAGUAACAUUUUGUUCAAAGAAUCCAAUUCAGACCUACGGUUAUGCUUUCCUUUUUUCCCUCACUGGGUAUUUUGGAAUCUCCUUUGUUCUGGCUUUGAUUAAAAUUUUCGGUGCACUUCUUGCUGUAACAGUGACAACCGGAAGAAAAGCAAUGACUAUCGUACUUUCAUUUAUGUUCUUCUCCAAACCAUUCACAUUUCAGUAUGUCUGGUCUGGUUUGUUAGUUGUCCUUGGUAUAUUUCUCAAUGUUUACAGCAAAAAUAUGGAUAAACUAAGACUACCAGCACUAUAUGAUCUGAUAAACAAAAUAGUGGAAAUGAGAAAGUCAAGGACGUUGGCACAAACCGUAUAGUGAGUGAUUCAUCCUGUUUAAAACAGAACUCUAAGGGAGUAAUCAUCAAGUAAUUAACUUUCCAAAGGGAUUAUUAUAAAAACCAAAGGAUCUGAAGGCAUGCUACCCAUUUGUGAUGGGUCACCUACGAAGUCAGCCUUUUCUUCAGGAUACUUGUUUAACCGUUUGACUUCUGAAGCAAUCAAGAGAGCCACAUCUGGCAUGCCUUAGAAUCAAAUGUCAGUGUGAAGGACUGACAUUUCUUAACAACCUGUUGAGAAUUUCACUGGAAAUGGACCAUGUUGCAAAACUAAUUGGAUAUCAUUAUGACAUAUCAAAGAAAUUGAUAUAAUAAUAUCAAUUAAUAGAUUGUUUUGUUUUCAUUCCAUUUUGGUGGUGUUAUUUAAAUGAUUCUCUGUUAUAAGAGUGAACUGAUGAUUUAAAGUCUAGAAAGAAUAACUUCAUUAUAAAUAAAAAUUAUUCUGUGAUUUUUUUAAAUAAAUGUGUUAUUAGAAUUUUGUUAUGAAGAGGGAAGUGAAGGUUGGAGUAAGUCUUUACAGAAACUUUAAAACUUAGGCUUUUCUCCGAUAAUUUAGUAGGAGUAUUUGUUAGAGGAAACGUGCUUUAAGUUUUCUGUGAAAUAUAGACAGCAUAAUAAAAGGAGUCAUCCUGCAACCUGUAAGUAUGUGUCGCGGAAAAAAUUGCUGCUAUUCAUCAAAGAAGUGCUAAAAGAUUUAAUGAUUUGGAUUUUUUAAUUGAAGGGAAAAUAAUGCAUGCCUUAAGUUAUAAUAAAAUAAUAAAACCAUCAUAGUUUUUCUCAUAAAAGUGAAAUUUAAUUUGGCAGCUUAAAGAUUAAAUAGGGUAAACGUAAGAAACACAAGUAGAUUUUACCAAAUUUGUACAGUAUCUUGUUUGCACAGUUUUGAGUAUAAACUCGUAAAGAUUUUGGCUCUUAUUUUGUAGCAGUUCAGUUUUGGAAUUGCUUCCACUGUAUUAAAAAAAUCCAAUUAAUCUUCAUUUUCAGCAUAAGUAAUGCUAGUUAAAACAGCUUAGUUUCUGUGUUAUUGGUAAUAUCACUUAUAUUUUGUGAGUAUAAUAUACUUGGAAUAUUAAUCUUGUUCUGAAAAUUCCAUUGUAUUCUGAUGGUAAUUUUAACCUGUUAUGUGCAUAUGUGGGUGUAACAGAGCCCGUGAUAAUUUAAGGGUCUAGCCAUAAGGAAUUCUGACUGAAAAUCAGUUACAUGUUAAAAUACUGUGAGGGUAUUUUUCCCCAAAUGGUAAUCAUUUUUUAAGUUUUCGUAUUUUAAAAUGAAAGGAAUGUUAAUUUAUAUUUCAUUAUGCCUUCUUAAACUCUUAAGAUGGUAAGGAAAUUUGUGCCAUUAAAAAAAAUCAGUUUUCCCGAGUUCUUGAUAAAAGAUUAUAAUUUUAACUUUUCAAGGCAUCCUUUUAUGUACACGCUUUUCUAAUUUUUUUUUGUCUUUGCCUGUUAAGAAUUCCUCACCCCACCCCCCAAUUUUAAACAGUUGAGCACUGUUUAAAAAUUGGUUUGCCAGCCUAACCCUUUUACUCCCAUUUCCUUUUUUUACCUGCUAUCAGAUGGAAGCAAACUUCAUCUCACUUAUUUGUGUCCCUAGAGUACCCUUAGUGAAUAGUUUGAAAUACAGAAUACUUUUCUAUGGUGAAGGAAAUCAAUAUUUGAAUGUA